CAAGAUUGAAGAAGCCAGGAGGAACACAAGGCAGCAAUGGAUACCCAAGUGGCUCUUUCUGACCUCGCCAUGGCCUGGAUUCACGCAGUUCUGUUGGACGGACGCCAGCACACACACUAGGAUACCAGUGUCAAUGAGUUUCCAUGGUCCCUUGGCGUCAUGCUCCCGGGGUAUGGACUCUCCCCCCUCCCUGACUUCCAGCCUCACCUCCAGGUCUUUGGCUGCAGAGACAGUCCCAGGAUGUGGAUUCCUGGUUCAGGAGACCCCCAGAGCCUGAGCGAGGGGCAGGAGGACAGACCCCUGCUCCGCUCCUGCCAUCAUAAACAUGUGGCCGUGUGCCAGCAGGAAACACUGGCAUUUAUUGAGCUCCAGCCCACUCUUAUGCCCAAAGUGAGUGAAGUGAGCCCCCCCAGGACAUUGAAUGGGUUUAAACACUCUGUGAAUGGACUGAAGGAGUGGAGAAAUGGACACUAUAGGACUAACCCUGAACAAACUGUUCCUCCUUCUCACAUUGACAAAGAGGAGCUCGGCUCUGAUACACCCCCUGAGCCUCUGUGUGAGGAAGAAGAGCAACCCCCUGUCCCUCACCUGUACCCUGUCCCAGAGCACCCAGACCCACCCCGGACCGUCACCACUGUGUGUAGGCCCCUCCAUGCUGCCCUCAGCCUGCCCCUGUCUUUGCCCCUGUCCUCCAUCUACUCAAACUUCUGGGACUCUCCGGGCCCCUCCUCCCCUGAAGGUCCAGAGCCCAGUACCCCAGUGAGGAGAACAUCACAGGGGUCACUCAAGGAGAAGUCCAUGCGGAGGAAGAUGCAAGUGUAUUCUCCAGAGAGCCCCACAGAUGAAUGUGUGAGCAGCCCCCUCCUGGAUCCUGACUUCCUGUUCCCCGGACCACUAGCCUCAUUCCUGGAGGAGGACCUGAGCCUGUCCUCUCUAGAGACCCUCAGCCCCUCAUCCUGUGACAGUGGAACAGACCUGCCCAGUCUCAGCCAUGAGGACAUUUACCACUUGCCCGAGGAGCCUCUGCACAUUACAGAAGACCCCAUCCCAGGGCUCCCGGAGGAGAACAGUGUAGAACUGUCCAUAGCCACCGGGGGCAGCUCUCUGUCUCGCAGAGGGGAAGAACGGCGACGUUUCUCUGCGUCAGAGCUGAUCUCACGGCUGCAGUUGUCCCAGAGGAAGAACUCCUUCACCCUGAAGCUGGGCAAGUCUCUGUCAGCGAGAGUCUCUUCCAGAGACAGACAGAGCUCAGGCCUCAGCUCCAACAUGGAGCUCAAGUUGAGCUCUCGUCGCAGCUCAGGGUGCUCCAGUGACAGCGCCCCCCACAGUCCUGUAGGAUCAACUCCACCUCAGCCCAUCUGUGAGAAUGGACUGCAGCGAUGGAGCACUAAACUGGGAAUGAGGAAAAGAUCCAUAGAAGAAGACAUGAGUGCACUUCCUGCUUUCAGCAGCUCCAAUCGCCUGUCACGCUUUCUGCCCAGCUCCAUCCUGUACCAGGAAUACAGUGAUGUGGCCAUCAACAGAGAGAUCCAGAGGCAGCAGGGGAAGGAGCCUGGCACAGAGGAGGAGAGCUCAGAUGGGACCCCCUCCCCCUCAAACCUCUCCCCCUCCAGCUCCUUCCGCUCCUCUCGAGGAUCAGCUUUCGCUCUGUGGCAGGACAUCCCUGAUGUACGCUCCAGUGGUCAGCUCGACAACUUUAGUAACGAAGAGAGGAAACUGCAAGAGGCCAAGUUUGAGCUGGUGUCCUCUGAGGCCUCUUACAUCCGCAGCCUGACCAUCGCUGUGGACCACUUCAUGCUGUCUCAUGACCUGGCAGAGUGCCUGGGCGCUCAGGACAAACAGUGGCUCUUCUCCAAACUGCCAGAGGUCAAAGACGUCAGUGAAAGGUUUCUGCAGGACCUGGAGCAGCGUCUGGAGGAGGACAUCCUGCGCUUUGAUGUAUGUGAUAUUGUUCUGAACCACUGUGCUGCUCUGAGGAGGGUGUACCUGCCCUACGUGACCAAUCAGGCCUACCAGGAACAGACCUACCAGCGCCUACUACAGGAAAACCCCCGCUUUCCCAGUAUCUUGUCCCGACUGGAGGAGGAUCCUGUUUGCCAAAGACUGCCCCUCACCUCCUUCCUCAUCCUGCCCUUCCAGAGGAUCACACGGCUCAAAAUGCUAGUGGAGAACAUCUUAAAGAGGACAGCUCCAGGCUCACGUGACGAGGACACAGCCACAAAAGCAUUCAAUGAGCUCAAAAAGAUCAUCAAAGAAUGUAACUCCAGUGUUCAGUCCAUGAAGAGGAUGGAGGAGCUCAUCCAUCUCAACAAGAAGAUCCACUUUGAGGGCAAGAUCUUUCCUCUGAUCUCUCAGUCUCGGUGGCUGGUCAAACACGGGGAGCUGCUGGAGGUGGACACUCAGAUGAUGACGAUCUCUGGGUCCAAACUCAAACUGCCGACAAAACCAGUGUAUCUGCACCUGUUCAACGACUGCCUGCUCCUGUCACGACGCAAAGACACGUGGAAGUUCAUGGUGUUUGUGCACGCGAAGAUCGGAGAGCUGAAGGUGAAGGACCUGAGCCUGAAGCUGCAGGGCGUCUCUGGGUUCAUCUUCCACCUGCAGCUGUGUGAGGGCCAACAGCUCAAACACCAGAUCCUGCUCAAAGCCCACACCGAGAGCGGGAAGCAGCGCUGGAUCACCGCCAUGUUCCCCUCAGAUCCUCUGGAGGACAUCGAGCAGGCCACAGACGACGACAUUUCCCAGGUCCAGUGCAUCAAGAGCUAUCAGGCCCAGGAGCACGACGAGCUGACACUGGAGAAGGCAGACAUACUUCACGCUAAGACCAUUACAAGUGAUGGCUGGGUGGAGGGCAUUCGUCUCUCAGACGGGGAGCGGGGCUGGUUCCCCAAAACCUACGUAGAAGAAAUCACCAGUCGCAGUGCACGACUUCGUAACCUCCGAGAAAACUUCCGGAUCAAGUGUGUGACACAGAAACUGGAGGGAGACUGACCUGAGCUCCAGGUCCCACUUGGACUAAACUCAUGUGUACUCCAGCCCUGUCCCAGCACCCAGGCCCAUUAGAGAAGAGUAUGAUUAGGAUUAGAGGAGAAACUACUUGAUGACCGUCUUAGUCACUGGACAGUUUAGGGUGCCACAAUGGAAAUCGUUAAACCUUUUAUAAAGGUAUUUCUCAGCAUUAUCCUCAUGUAAACACAACAUGCACAUUUAAUGGCUAUAGUAGCCUGGUCUUCAUACCCACUAGAGAGAAGAAAACCAGGGCCAUCAAGCCCUUGCCAAUUCAAAUGAGUCGUAACUGUUUAAGGGGCCUAUAUUACACUUUUUCUGAUCUAUGUUAUAAUGUUGUUUUGUCAGCACAAACAUACCUGAAGUUGUGCUUUGUUUCAUUUAGACUUUUUACACACACGCUGUAUAUUUAAGCGUUUAGGAGAACUCCAUACACUAGAAUCAUGUGGGUAGUUUCAGACCUGGAAUUAUCUGUCUCUGCUGAACUAAAUGUAAAAAGUAGCUGUUAAAACUACUGCUUCUUGACAUCACAAGGUGGAACAGAGCAUUCUGAGUUUUGUAGAUAUAGACAGAUUAAUAAUAAAGGAUUACUCAAACAUGUGUAAAUGAAACAAAACACAACUCUGGGCAUGUUUUAAUGAGUAAACAAGAUUCCAACAUGACUAAAAGCUCAUGUUGGAGUAAGACAUAAGUGUGGUCUGUGCAUAUUUUCAGAUACAUGUCACUGUUCAAAACAUGACAUACUCUGUGCGUCUGAGGAUUUACUUCUUUGGUGUCACAAACAGUGGACCUGAACACUCUAAACUCCUCUGUCCCCUGAUGGAAGUGCUUUAUUUUUACUGUAGCUGGUGUCUCUCUGGAGAAUCUCAUGUAAAUGUCCUUCACUGUAGAUGAAACUAUGUAUAAAGAGUAGAUUAAUUUACUUAUAUAAUUUAUAUUUCAAAUGUGAUUAUUUCUUACUGGAUAAAGACUGUUUUAUAUUAUCAUUAUCAAUAGUUGCUCACACUGGAGGUUCAUUCAC